AUGGAGCCUGAAGCACAGAAACAAGAAGACAUCUCAACAAACUCAGUUGUCGGAGUUCAACCUAGUAAUGCAACUGAAAUUGAAAGCACAGAAUACAGCGAUUCAACCACGAAAACUCAAAUUCCUCGAACGUCAGAGCUCUCAGGAGAAGCGAAAGCAGUGGAACCAGAGGAGGAUUGUGUCAUUGAUGCUAAGCGCAAUGGGCAAUCCUCCAGUAGUGGUGGUGGUGGUGGUGGUGAAAUUGGGGGAGCAGAAGACAGCGAUUCAACCCCAAAAACUCAAAUUCCUCAGACAUCAGAGCCGUCAGGAAAGGAACAAGAAGCGAAGGCAGUGGAACCGGAGCCGGAAGAGGAUUGCGUCAUUGAUGUUAAAAGCGAUCGGCAAUCCUCUAGUGGUGGUGGUGAAAGUUGGAGAGCAGAAAAGGUUUGCAGGAUAUGUCACCUGAGUCCUGAGAACUCGUCGGAGAAUUCCGAACUCAUCCAACUUGGUUGUGGCUGCAAAGCUGAACUUGGUUUCUCCCACCUUCACUGUGCUGAGACCUGGUUCAAGCAUAAAGGCAAUAGACAAUGUGAGAUAUGUGGCAGUAUAGCGAAAAACAUACCUGGAAUGCAGGACACCAGAAUAUUCAUGGUGGAGUGGAAUCAGACAAGGCUGACGCGGAGUGCGGCAGACCCUUCCCGCAAUCCAUGUCAGUGUAGGAACUCCACCUGCAACUUGUUAUUGGCAUGCCUUGUUUUGGCUUUUAUACUCCCAUGGUUCUUCCGAAUUGGUCUGUAAUGACAACAAGACUUCAUGGUGUGGAGUCUUUCUCAUCAUUUGCGUAUCCGGCAAGUUUCAACUCCGUACUUGUGAAGGAAAUGAAAAUUGACAUUCGUUAUAGUUCUGCAAGCCCAAUAACAUUGCUGAUAUAUAUAAUGUAGUUACACGUUGCAACUCCCUACCCAUGCAAGAAAUGACAAUUCAGAUUCAUCAUAAAUGUACAGAACUCAACUUAUAGUAAAUAGACCAAUAUACAAUGCAAUUGCCUGUUUGAGUCCUGCAAACACUCACCUAGGAAACAGUUGCAUUUCCCCGUUAGUCAUGUGGUGUUUGGUUGGGAAGAUAACUUUUUUUUUCCUGGCCUUCUUGUAAUAUUUCGCUUUGUUUGCGCUAUUCAUAACUCACUGGUGACGUUGAAUUUGAGCAAAAUGUAUGCCAACUGCGACUUUUGGUUAUUGUUUUA